CCAUUCGGAAGUUUGAAUUAGGGUUUACCGUGCGCAAUCUGCUGUCGACGCUCUGAUGCUCAAUAGCGAAUUGUAGUUUUUGUAGUCUAGUUUUGUUUUCAUUUUUACUUUUGUUUCGGGGAUUAUGGUUUUCGAUUCGAAAGAGGUUAGGAGGAUGGAGAGGAGUAUUGGAGCGGUAUAGAGGUGCGUGAAAUUGAAAGGGUGGAAGAGUGGAGGGAGCGAGGCGAUGGUGGGGAUGACUCCCGCAGCGAAUUCUGAAGGCGGACCAGGAGGUGGUGGAGCUGGGAAGGGCAAGGCCAACGCGGCGCAGCAAGCGACGGAUGGCUCCCUUAAGCGGAAACGUGGUCUAUUCAACAAGGACUUACGGCUGAUGAUGUAUGGGUUUGGUGAUGAUCCCGACCCCAUGCCGGAGACGGUACACCUGAUGGAAGACAUCUUGAUCGAUUACAUUACAGACACUGUGCACAAGUCGCAGAACGUGGCGUCAAGGAGGGGGAAGCUCACAACGGAGGAUGUCAUGUUUCUCGUACGGAAAGACUCGCGGAAAUUUGCUAGGGUUAAGGAGCUGUUGGCAAUGAAUGAGGAGCUGAAGCGAGCGCGGAAAGCUUUCGACCUGGACGAGGAGAAAUUGGCUACAGAAUUCUAGGGGUUUGUUCAAACCAGAUUGAUUGGGUUUCAUUUCCUUAUGGAGGUUUCGUAAUGUACAGUAAUUGGUGUCUUCCAUCUCGCAAAAUAGGAAAAUUCUGCAGGGCAAGGUUUUCCUAAUUUAACUGCGCGAGUCGUUGUUGGGAUAUGAGAAAACUAUGCAGAUGAUGGAUUGAAGGUAAGUUAAGGGUGCGUGAUUGUGACACGAAGCUUAUAGCGAGUAUAUAUUCCCCCAUUUCAAAAAUACACUCCUACUUGAGGUAUAAAAAUACGGUUUUACAACAAAUGCUCCAGGUAUGAUUUCCUUAAUUUUAUUUACCGGAUUUUUACUAAAUUUAGGCAUUUGUUAAUGCCACACUCCAACUUUGUUACAGCCACACCCCCUUCCCACCUCAUAAUUCAAGUUGUACAAGUUUCAUGUCCCC